CGCAAAACCCUAAGAACAAGUUUUUUUUUUUUUUUGCCACUCUCGAUUCCAAAACACGGCGCCGGGAAGACAUGACGGAGAUGGAGACAGAGCAGAUAUACCAGGUCGAUGUCGGAAAUCUCUUAGCUUUCAAUCCGAAUCAUCGCUUCCCUUCUGCUCCUUCUUCAAGGGAGGAGCUUGUGAAGGAGUGCCUUGAGGAGAGCAGAAAACUUGUUCAGGCAGUAGCUAAUGCUCUUUUCAACUUUCCUUCAACCGAAACUCAUGAUGGUCCUAUUGUCCAGUUGCCGCCUCCUACAACCAAACUUCCUAGAGAGAAACAUGUUCCAAGGCCUAAACCUCCUACAAAGUGGGAAGAAUUUGCGCUUAAGAAAGGUAUACAGAAGCGCAAGAAGGACAAAGUUGUCUGGGACGAACAAACUGAUCAGUUUAAGCGUCGCCAUGGUUACGACCGUGUUAAUGAUGAUAAUGAUGUUCCCAUUAUUGAAGCAAAGGCAUCAGAUGAACCAGGAGAAGAUCCUUUUGCCAAGAGACUGGACGAGAAAAAGAAGAGAGUUGGAAAGCAAGAAAAGAAUAGACUUCAGAAUUUAAAGGCAGCUGAAAAAGCUGGUGCUUUACCGAGCCAUGUCCAACUUGCUGCAACAUCAUUACCCAUAUCAGGCACGAAGGCUCAACCAAAGAAAAUUGGAAAGGAGGAACUUGGAGACGUAGCAGGUUUAGCCGCUACUUCAACCGCUAGUGGUGGAAAAUUCGACAAAAAGUUGCCUGGAGAAAAACCUCCUAAGAAGCAGGGCAAACAUCACAAGUAUUUACCGGUUGUAGCAGGGCGCGGGGCUGUUAACCCAGAAAAAGAACAGACUAAUAAUGUACUUAGCAAGAUAUUCUCAAAGCAUUCGCAUGAGAUCCUCAAUGUCGGCAAGGCAAUAAACAUGUACAACGUCAAGAAGGAGAAGAAGAAGUCAGGAAGGUCAGACAAGUCAGGAAGAUCAGACAAGUUGAAACCUAAGAAGGACAUCACCAAGAAGCCUGCCAAGUGAAGAGACUCUCGCAUGUCUUAUUUACUCUUCUAUCUUUAUCGAUCUUCUAUCACAAAACAAAUUUUGAGUUGCUCCGUAUCUGUUAAACUAAUACAUUAUAUUUACGUUUAUUUUAAUCUUAUUGACUUCA